GUUGACAAAGGCGUUCUCUUGAGUGAGGCUCUAUUUCUGCAUGAUAAGUGGCUUGAAGAAAAGGGGGUCAAGCGAACUAACUUUGUUGUGGUUACGUGGUCAAAUUGGGAUUGUCGGGUGAUGCUGGAAUCUGAGUGUCGAUUCAAAAGGAUCCAAAAGCCACCAUACUUCAACAGAUGGAUCAAUCUGAAGAUCCCAUUCCAUGAGGUAUUUGGAGGGGUGAAGUGCAACCUGAAAGAAGCUGUUCAGCUGGCUGGCCUCACUUGGGAAGGCCGUGCUCACUGCGGCCUUGACGAUGCUAAGAACACUGCUCGCCUGCUUACCUACCUAAUGCACCGUGGAUUCCAGUUUACCAUAACUAACUCACUGACGUGGCAGCCCACGGAUCAUCCGUUAACACUGCAAAAGUUCCCGGAGUACCAAUC